CACCACCCCAGAGAUUAUUUAGGUCGGAGGCUUGUAGGAAUAACAUAGCUGUAGAAGUUGAGGCUUAUUAGCUGAAAGCGGCUAGCUACAUAGCUAGCUAUCUUCAUCUUCGUCGUCAUCAUCGUCAUCGGCAUGCAGCAGCAGAUGGAGAACUCUGAGCUCUACCAAUUCCUCGCCGGCAACGGCGCUUCCUUCUUCACCCCCGCAUCGUACGGCCUUCCUCCUGCUGCAGCCUCCACAAUGCACAGUUUCUGCAGCUCCUCUUAUUACCCCUUGGAUUCUUCCGAAAUUACUGAUACGCCCCAGCAAGAUAGAGCCCUCGCCGCUUUGAAGAAUCACAAGGAGGCUGAGAAGCGCAGGAGAGAGAGGAUCAAUUCCCACCUCGAUAAGCUUCGCACUCUUCUUCCCUGUAAUUCUAAGACUGACAAGGCCUCGCUUCUAGCAAAGGUUGUCCAGCGAGUGAGAGAGCUGAAACAGCAAACUUCACAAAUCACCGAACUCGAAACCAUUCCUUCAGAGACAGACGAAAUCACCGUCCUGUCCACUAGCGGCGACUACGCCGGAGACGGAAGGCUCAUAUUCAAAGCCUCCCUAUGCUGCGAAGAUCGCUCCGACCUCAUACCUGAUCUCAUCGAAAUCCUAAAGUCGCUGCAUCUCAAAACCCUCAAAGCAGAAAUGGCAACACUAGGAGGAAGAACCCGAAACGUUCUUAUUGUGGCCGCCGACAAAGACCACAGCAUCGAAUCAAUCCACUUCCUCCAGAACGCUUUGAAAUCUUUGCUUGAACGUUCCAAUUCAAGCGAAAGAUCCAAACGGCGUCGCGUCCUGGACCGCAAAUUGAUUGUCUGAGUAAAUAGGGAGAGUCCAUUAAAUUGCAGAAGUCGUUCUCAUUUUCUUAGCAUUGGUAUUUCUAGGACGGUAGUUAACUCGUUAUGAGUUAAUUUGUGCGAUUUUAGUUGUUAGGUCGUUUGUUUUAAGAAAAGCAAAAUAUAUAAAUGAGAUAAUCAUGUGACAGGCGCUGGAGAGGGAUGACUAGGGUUUAUAUAUAUGUGGUGUUGGGAAUCUUUGCAUGUGAACUGAAUGUUGCAUGUAAGUAGGAAAAACCGGAGGGGAAAGAAUCUGACUCGUAGAUGAGGAAGAAAGAGAUAUAGUAAUGUACUGUGCGUGAUGUGUAACAGGUGACAACGAAGGGAAGGGCUCUGUAAUAUCUCUGUAAAAGCAAUGCUUCUGUGAGUUUCCAAGCUAUAGAAAAUGGCAUAUUCGUUUCUCUC